UUUGGAUCAUUACAGGUAACCUGUGACCAGUGACCAGUAGUAUCCAGUGAGCUCUGUCUGAUACUAGACACACUCGUUGGUUUGGUCAGCAAAUCAGACAAAGACUACCAUUUAUCUGGCUCAAUUGUAGGGUGGAGUACUCUUACUCCCCCUACUGAGCCCCCCAACCAUGUCCGAAAAUUUCCAAAGUUCACCUUUCUUUGGGACAGAAAGGGCUCGGCAGCUUUCUCUGCCUGUGCUGAGCAACUCUACACAGUCUGCAGGAAGGGUGUGCAACAUCUCCAGAGUCUCCACCCCAGAUAUGAAUUCACCAUGGCUCCUACCAUCAGCAUCCAGCACUUCUCUCCAGCCACUCAUGGGUAAUGCCUACCUUAACCCACAUGCUGGCACAACCAUGCUGACAGUGCUGACUGAGCAGGGUCAGAUCUCCACCUCGGCACCCUCCUAUCCAGGUGCUCUCAAAUGGGAUUUCCCUGGAAGCAGAGAUGGGAGGGAAGAGGCACUCCAGGGAGUCAAUGUAACCAUCAUUGACCAGGACACUACACUCUCCUCCCUGGCUAUCACAAACCAGUGUGAUAAAAUUUUAGAUCCCAGUGCCAUAGUUCCUUUCUAUCCAACACUGUCUGCCAGCUUUGUCCAGGUCACACCACCGCAGAUGCCAAAUCAAGGAUACAGCCUGGCACCUUCCUACCAGGAUGGUAGUAGCCAGGUCUAUUACUAUGAGCACAACAGCCUGGGUCCUCUGAUAGCUGGAGAAUUUGGGCAGUGCUUGCAGGCCCAUGGCUCUAUGCCCUACCCUGGGAGUCAGACCUCUGCGAUCCAACCAGAGAUGGUGAUGGUGCUAAAGGAGAUUCAGCCAAGGAAUGUCCAAAUACCACUCUUUACCUCUGCCUUCUCCUAUUCCACAUCUGCUCAAUCCAACAGUCUUCCCGUGGUUCAAAUGGAGACGUCCCUGGGAUUGCCACCUUCAGGCCAGACACACUGUCAGCUGCAGAGUCCAGAACUCUACAGCACUUGUGCCCAGGUUUCUCAGAUAAGGCCAUCAGCUGUCAACGGGGACAGGGCAUUAACUGCUCCUAUCCAUAGUCCUUCGGAAUUCCUGGCCUUGCCUCCAGCUCCAAGCCUGGAACAAACAGAGAACAAAAACGUGAAUGAGAUAAACGAUGAGUUUUUAAAGACUCUGGAUGCCUAUGAGGGCACAAAAGAAAACCAAGACACAUCAAUCGUGACUUUGGCACACCCUGACUUGCAGCAGCCUCUGCAGUGCGCUGAUACUGAGGGUCUAAGACCGAAGUCUGCUUCUGACAUUGCCCAUUUGGAAGGCAUCAGCAUGGGUCCGAAAAAGCUUGGGGGACUGGAGAAUGAGAUUAGAUCCAGCUUCGACUUCAAAGACAUCUCUACACUUGAGGCAGACAUUCAACUUCCCCAACUCCUCAACACCCUUACAGACAUAGACCAGGAUCAGGCCUGUGAAAACUGGAAAGUCAUCAGUGGCCCCUCUGACCAAGUGAGGAAGAAUAAACAUAAAUCUUCUGAGCCUCUUGAGGGAGCUCCUCAGGCUAAAAUCCAGCACCAGGAUCUAGUGGAGGGAGAGGCGAGUGUGUGUGUUGCUGGGACCAGCAACAAAGCUAUUGAAAACAUGGCAAAGCAUCUGGAGGGCAAAGCUCCCAAAGUGGCCGCCAACAAGAACAAAAGAGGUAGAAAACAGGGGCAAGAAAAGCCAAGUGGACCAGAGAACAACUCUAAGAAAACAGACGAGCUUAAGCAGUCCAGGAAAAGAGUCAAAGCAGAAGAGAAGCCCACCGUCCCCAAGACCAAGAGGAAGAGGAAUCCACCUGAACUCAGUCAAACCAGCUUUAAGAAGCCUCGAACCCACCUUGGCAUGCACAUGCUGGAGUCCGUGCAGGUCUUUCACCCACUGGGGAAGAAGAGUGAGAAGAAACCUGGCAUCUCCUCCUUAGGGAGUCUCCGAACCUUCACCAGCAACAAAGAUCCAGGCCCAAGCCCAGUUACUACAGCAGUGCUAAACAUGUCAUGUGAGGGCCAGGGUCCUCCCAAAAGCCCUCGGAAGACUCAGAUAGCAGAGAGCAGUGCUUCCAAGGAGUGUCCAUCUCAGUCCCAGUAUGAGCUGCCCCCAGCUGGAAAGGUCAAGUUAGUACCUCUGCCUUUUCCAACCCUGGACAAGCCUCAAGCCAGACCUAUUUCUAGAAAGCCUCUUUCCCUGGCUUCACACAGGCCCACCACAGUUCACCCUGUGCAGCCUCAUUCCCACUCAGCUCAACUUACAACACACAGGCCAUCCCAACUAGCUCCUGUCAGCACAUCUUCAAUGGCCUCUACCAAGCCAGCUUCUCCAAUUUCCUCUAGUGCCACAGGACCUAGUGGAACCAACCUCAUCCAGUCCAGUGCUGUGCCUCAGGUGGCAACAUCAAGGCCUGUACCCCACAGAGCAUCAUCUCAUACUUCAUUCCAGAGAGAGCUCGUUUCUGCUGCCAAGAACAAGGUACCAUCACCUCCCAAACCUCAAACCCAAUAUCUGCUGCAAGACUUUAGCCGCCAACCCAUUCCAUGGAAGAAAGUUGAUAUUCUGGGACCAGUCGUCUCACAGCCCAUCACAAAAGAGCAAAGACCAGAGAGGGAGGCCAUGAAGAGGCGGGCCCAACAGGAGCGCGAGAAUGCUGUCAAGAACACUGCUACUGGGAAACUGCAGCUCUUCCUUCAGAGGGAGAAGGAUAUGGAAAUUUCUCAAUAUUAUGGCUAUGCAAUGUAAGAGCUGGCCAGAUCUUUUUUUUUUUUUUUUAGCAAAAUCCUUUUUCACAUUGAUUUGAAGAGAUAUAUUCACUGAUACAGUUUAUAAAAGAACAGAAAAACAUAUGGAUAUUUAUAUACAUAGGUACACAUGCUGGAAUAUAGAAAAUUACAUAGAUGUAGAUGGAGAGAACAUACCCACAUAUCAUUGAACAGUUAGUAAAAUUGCCUAUAGAAUAUUAAGUUGGUAUUUUUAUUCUGAUGUUUCUCUUAACUGUGAUGAUUUAGUUAUUAUAUUCUAUAUGAAACUAACUUAGGAAAUAUUCAUUUAAUAUUAAGUCAACUGAGAAAAUGCUACAGUUGUGCUAAAAUUAUUCUCUAGUUUUUCUUUAUUAUUAUUAUGGAAAAAUGUUUAUUUUGAAAUUAUUUUAAUUUAGAAAUAGAAAACGUCAUAGGAAAGAGGAAAGAAACAAAAACCACAAAGCAUCCAGGCAACUUUUUACUUCAUGAGCUUGUCACCCCCUCAUUGGUUUACCAGUCCCACCACGAGAAAGGACUCAGCCACCCACAAUAAUGUUAUUAACAGGGAUGUGGGAUCAGUUUCACAAAGAAGCCGAUGAACCCCAUGAUAGCGAAUCCAAUCGCUGUGGCCCUGGCGAUCUUCUGGAAUUCUUUUCUAUCAGGUUUGGUGCGUCUUUUAACCAGCCGAAUUGAAUCCUUUACAAACUGCCGACUUGGCUCCACAAACUGCAUUACCUGAUCCAUGUUUGUGGAAUGGCGGUUUGAGAGAGUAGAGACACGUAGCUUAGGAGCUCUAGUUUUUCUUUUUUUUCUUUCUUUUAACUUUUUAAUUAGAUCUGCAUGAUUUUCUAUACAUGUAGAAAUGACACAAACUUUAAAAAUAUUAUUUGAUCACUUAAAUAUUAUUUUAAAUUCAUUUUACUAAAUAAAAAUACUGAAUACUUAUUUUCAUUUUAUUGUGUGAUUUUAAUAAAAUUUUAUAUACUUAUACAAUA